AUGAAUCACACUGUCAUCGCCCAUCAGGCUCAAGUCUCUGCUUUGGAUUCGCAACACACACUCUUCUCAGAGGUUGAAGUACCCGGAACUCUGCAAGAUUUACUCUCCGUAGAGAGUCAGGGAGAGCCUAGCGAGUUGAUGAAUCUCUUAAGUCUGAUUAGAGUGAUGAAAAGCAUCGCUUCGUACCAGUCGUCUCCAUGGCUCAGUUGGUUAGAGCGUACGACUGUUACACUUGUGGCAUC